GGGGACGAGCAGACAGGCUUGGGUGACUUCACAGAAAUCAGGGGCCAGCCUCCCCCAGGGACACCCAGUAGCUCCGGCCGCACGGCCUCCCGGGGCCACCGACAUGGUCGACGGCACCAACACCUCGGCCCCGAACUACAGCUACGAGUACUACCUGGGCUACCUGGACCCUGACCCCGUGGACGAGAGGAAGCUGGGAGCCCACAAACAUGCCAUCGCCAUCGCCUUCUGGGUGGGCCUGGCGGCCUUCCUGCUGCUCCUGCUCCUCACCCUGCUGUGCGUGUCCUGGUCAGGCUCCCAGCCGGCGCGGAACCACGCCCGGCACCAGCCCACCUGCCCCUGGGGUCUCCGCCUGGACCUCCCCCUCCGCGUCCUGAGGCACCUGCUGCUCCACAGGGCCCCCCAGGGGACCCCGCCGGCACCGCCCAGAUCCAUCAAGGAGCCACAGCAGUCCAGGCGGGAGGGCCCCGCCCCCUCCAUCCCCAUUGCCCCCCAGGCCCACGCUGCUCUCCUGUGGGAACGGGCCCUCGGUGGGGACCCCAUGGCAUCAGCUGACGUCGGCCACAAGCCCAGCUGGCCACCCCCUGGAGAUGGAACAGACGCCAGCAACCACGGCCACUGCUGAGUGGCCCAUGACACGAACCAACCCAGGCACGUGUACCACCCAAAGCCACCGCAGGUCACGGGAAGGGCGACGAGUGAGAGCAGCCGGACGGGGGCACGCACACGGGAGCCGCAUGGCCGAGGCCGGCGCAGCCCACCCAGCGGUGGGACUUUCGGUGUGCUCCCCGCCCACUCGCUGCCUGGGGUCAUGUGGGGGAGGGGAGAGAAGCGAUACUCGUAAAUAAAGAUUCAAGCAACCCCA